CCCACACUACAGAGCCGGCAACAGACAAAUUGUAAAAAUACAAACAAGUUUUCCGCCAAAAAAAAAAGAUUUUUCUCCCUUAUUUUAAUUGGAAAUGGAUUUCGAAUUUGAAAUAAUUGAAGUGAACGAGGAUGAUGAUCUGACGGAUCGAAUAAUUGUCAAGGAGGAAAUUGAGGACGACGAAUUUGAUGUAAACGAAGAAGAAUUUCCGGAAUCCCCUGAGCAAGAUGAGGAAAAUUACAGAUUUUUCCAUGAGAACAUACCACAAAACACUCCAGGUCCAACUAAAAUCUUUAAAAGGAGGAGUAAUGAAACAGUUGUAGAGAAAUCCUGGAAAUGCGAUGAAUGCUCCAAGACAUUCUCAUCCAGAAGUUCUCUGAAAGUUCAUAGAAAAAUCCACACAGACUCCCCGAUGGCAUGUCCAGUUUGCUGGAGUUCCCACAAAAACACCCCAUCCUUGUUGCAACAUCUCUAUACCCAUCGGAGGAGAGGGGAUAUCGAUGAAAUUCCCAAGAUCAACCCUUUUUACACGAAAUCUAAGACGAAAAAGGAAGAUCGAGUCAAAAAGAAAGUUAAAAGAGAAGCUGAAGAUCACGUUUAUGUUAAAAGGGAAGUCAAAGAUGAUAAGGCCGUUGUUAAAAGAGAAAUCGACGAUAAGAAUGUUGUUCUAAGGAAGAUACAAGAGAUAAAGAAUGAAAUAAAAAAGGAAGUUAAAUGGGAAGAUGAUGAAGAUCUGAAGGAGAACAUGGAAGAAGAUUCGAGUGAUUCAGAUGUAGACUUUACCAAUAUGGAUCUUAGAACAUUCAUAAAAGGCAACUACAAGCAUCCCCUAGAAUCAGUGAGAGGUCUUGCUGGCUUUUCUGGUGCUCCUCCAGAAUUAAAAUACACCUGCGAAUUUUGCGGCUGCAAAUUUGCUCAUGAGAAAACUUUCACUGAGCACGUCAAGUCUAUUCAUUUUGGAAUAAAGACGCCGAAGAAUGUUCAUUUCUGUUUCGUCUGCCAUCGACAAUUUGCCAGCAAGUAUGGUUUAGAUGGUCAUAUGGAUACGCAUAACAAGGUCAGGACAAUGUACUCCUGCGAAUACUGUGGUCAUCAAUUCAUGUGGAAAUGCACCCUGGCGAAACACACAAAGAAGCAUCAUCCAUUUGCGGGAGAAUGAUUUUUUUUUAAUUUUUCAGAGCUUUUAAGCGCAAUAUGGUUGAAAUAAAUGCAGCAAGUCUAAUAAUAGGA